UCAGUCGAAAAGUGUCGUCCGCCUGGUGGUGACGUGCCGCGGGUUGUCGCGCGCGUUCGGCGGGUUGGUGACCUAACCGCCGAUUUCGGGUGCCGAGUCGCGGGCCGGGACCAGCCAGCAUGCAGGGCGGCGCGGGUGCGCCGGACGCGCGCCGAGUCCAGCAGGGUGUCCAGCAGGGUGUCCAGCAGGGCGUCCAGCAGGGCGUCCAGCAGGGCGUCGAGCAGUGCGUCCAGCAGGGCGUCCAGCAGGGCGUCCAGCAGGGCGUCGAGCAGUGCGUCCAGCAGGGCGUCCAGCAGGGUGUCGAGCAGGGCGUCCAGCAUGGUGGGCCGCAAACGCCACCAGAGGCACAGAGUAGGCAGCAGCAGGUUCCUGCCGACAACCCAGCCCCUCGGCCCGAGGACCUAAAGCAGCCCCAGCUCUCGAGGAACCUGCAGCAGGUCCUCGAGCAGGAGCAGGGCGUGCCCAAGGACGCCAAGGUCCGGGGGAAAGUGCAGCAGUUGGACCAAAAGCCGGCGCCAGACAGCGCCACCAUGGGCAAGGAGCACCAGGCCACGCCCAAGCACGAGGUGCAGCCCUUGGUGCUGGGCGACAAGGUGGACGUCGUGCCAGCCGCCACCAAGGCCGGCAAGGAGAAGGAUGAUCUGGGCGCGCCCGCCAAGAAGUUCUCUCCGUUCGUCCGGCAGGCGUUCGUGGCGGCCGGCCCGGUCAUGGCGACCGUCAGUUCCGGCAUGACGACGGGCUACUCGGCCGUGCUGCUGCCCCAGCUGCUGCACCCCAACUCCACCAUCCCCAUCACCAGCAACCAGGCCUCGUGGAUCGCGAGCAUGGCGCCACUGCCGAUGGCACUGGGCUGCCUCCUGGCCGGGCUGCUGCUGGACCGACUGGGCCGUCGGCGGUCGCAGCUCGUCAUCUGCGUCCCGUUCACGGUGGGGUGGGUGCUCCUGGCCGUGGCCAAUGACCUCCCCGCCAUCCUGGGCGGCCGCUUCCUCACUGGACUCUGCGUCGGCCUUGUGGGACCGCCCUCCAUGAUCUACAUCGGCGAGACGGCCAGCCCCGCGCACCGAGGCCUGCUGCUGGCGGCCAUCUCCCUGGCCGUGGCCGUCGGCAUCCUGGUGGCGCACGUGCUGGGCUCGCUGCUGCACUGGCGGCUGACGGCGUGGCUGUGCGCCACGGCGCCCAUCGCCUGCGUCGCCCUGCUCUGCCCGUCGCCGGAGUCCCCCGUCUGGCUGGCCGCCAAGGGCAACCUGGCCGAGGCCACCAGGGCCUUCAGGUGGCUGCGAGGCUUCGACGACGCUGCCACCCUGGAGCUGCAUGGGCUGCUGUCUAAGCACGCCGUCGACCAGCCGACGCACCCCACUGCCGCCGCCAAGGCGCCCACCCUGCCGCUGUGGCGUCAGCUCCUGCAACGCAGCUUCAUCAAGCCCUUCCUCAUCAUCACCAUCUUCUUCUUCAUCAUGCAGUUCAGCGGCGUGAACGCGGUCGCUUUCUACACGGUGAGCAUCAUGAAGGACGUCGGCGGUGGCCUGGACGAGUACGUGGCCACCAUCAUCCUGGACGUGGUGCGCGUGCUCAUGUCGUGCGUGGCGUGCGUGCUGCUGCGGCGCACGGGCCGCCGGCCCCUGGCCGUGCUCAGCGCCGCCGUCACGGGCAUGUCCCUGCUGGGCCUGGGCGCCGUGCUGGGCUUCGGCGACCCCGCGCGGUACCCGUGGCUGCCCACCUCGCUGCUCGUCCUCUACAUCACGGCCGUGUCGCUCGGGCUGGUGCCGCUGCCGUGGGUCAUGGCGGGGGAGGUGUUCCCAGCCAACCUGCGCGGGCUGGGCGGCGGCGCCACCUCGGCCUUCGCCUUCAUCUACUUCUUCUCCGUGGUCAAGACCGGGCCCGAGUUGUUCGCCGCGCUCACCCCCGCCGGCGCGUUCGCCGCGUACGGCGCCGUGGCGCUCGGCGGCUCCAUCUUCCUGCUGGCCUUCCUGCCCGAGACCAAGAACAGGACGCUGCAGGAGAUCGAGGAGGAGAUGGCGGGGCGCCACCCCGGCAGGCUACUCCGGCGGAAGGCCGAGCUGGCCGAGCCGUGAGCUCGUGCCGGCCAGUGCAGUGGGUGCGUCAUGGGGCGGAGAUACCCCGCGACGCCGUGGCCAGGCCGUGGCCGCCACUCGAAAGCGAAGGGGUAUCGCCGCCUCGCCUCCCCUUCCCUCCGCUCGACGCUGGAAAAACAAAACAAAAACAAUAACAAUCCCGCGGGAUUAAAACCUUAUGGCGCCGCACGGCGUUUGGCUUCCCAAGCCGCGUGACUAUGACUGUCACCUGUAAAUAGUGAGCGCGUGUGUGAGUGUGUGUUUGUGUGUGUGAGAGUAAAUGCUCGUGGAUGAACGCCAAGUUUUGCAAGGCAAAACCCGUUUUGCUGCGGACAUUCUCAUUCCGAGCCUCCAUAAUUAUGUGUGUACCUACACCCGCCUGUAAAGUGUACUUAAGCUGUGAAACCAAUGAUCUUUGUAUAGAAUAAACAUAUUCUUCUACGACGGA